AUGAAAAAAAAAAGUGAAUAUGGUGUUUCAUCUGUAAUGGAGGACACAGAGGCGACGAAUGCAUCAAAACAAAGUACAAAUAUAAAUACUGAAGUCACAGGUGUAACUAAAGAAUCGGCGUCAUCUGACGACAGACCAAUGACUAGUGCUGCGGCAGCUGCACGAAUUCUUCCCAUAAAGGAAGAAACUAAUGACAACUUAAGUUUAAAUGCGGUUAAUGGAACGCGAAGACCUGACUACCAACCAAUACCUAGAAGAAGAGAAUACCAACAUCGAGACCCACGAGUAAUGGACAUGUAUUUAGUUGGUAUAACAGGUGGAUGA